CUUUACCUUUCUCUCUUGUUUCUCUGCUUUUUCUAUCUGUCUUCCGGAUUUGUUGAUCUGCUGCUUCUCAGCGAUGAUGAUUUUUCCUUCCCUGUUUGGGUGACUGUAAGAUGUUACAGUUUGAGCAAGUUUCUUCACUGAAGAUCGCUCAAGGAAAGAGAGAAGAAGGAAUUAGGUGUUGGAAUUAUUGGACGGUUUCAAGAAAAUGAGGAGUGGUUGUUGAGUUGAAGAUCAAGGUGUUUUAGUUGUUUUGUUUCAUUUUUUGAUUUUUACUCUUUCUGGGUUGUUUCGAUUUGAGAUGGGCGGGUGUUUUCCCUGCUUUAGAUCAUCUAACAAAGAGGGUAACGGUGUGAAAGAAGUUGCAAAACAGGAUUCUGUAAAGGAGGGUUCAGUUGCUCAAUCUCAUCAUCUGAGUAGAGUCAGUAGUUCAGAAAAGUCAAAAUCUAGGAGUGAUUCUAAGAAGGAAAUCUCAAUUCCUAAGGAUGGGUCAACUGCUCAUAUUGCUGCACAGACUUUUACCUUUCGAGAGCUUGCUGCUGCCACUAAGAACUUUAGGCAAGAUUGCCUUUUGGGGGAAGGAGGAUUUGGGCGAGUAUACAAGGGUCGGUUGGAGAGCACUGGACAGGUAGUUGCUGUGAAACAGCUUGACAGGAAUGGACUUCAGGGAAACAGAGAAUUUCUGGUGGAGGUUCUCAUGCUUAGUCUCUUGCAUCAUUCUAACCUUGUCAACUUGAUUGGUUAUUGUGCCGAUGGAGACCAACGCCUCCUUGUUUAUGAGUACAUGCCAUUGGGAUCGUUGGAGGAUCAUUUACAUGAUGUUCCACCAGACAAGGAGCCUUUAGACUGGAAUACAAGGAUGAAGAUUGCUGCCGGUGCAGCCAAGGGCUUAGAGUAUCUACAUGAUAAAGCAAAUCCCCCUGUCAUUUACAGGGACUUCAAGUCUUCUAACAUCCUUCUUGAUGAGGGGUAUCACCCAAAGUUGUCAGAUUUUGGACUUGCAAAGCUUGGUCCUGUUGGAGACAAGACUCAUGUCUCCACACGAGUGAUGGGAACUUAUGGCUAUUGUGCUCCUGAGUAUGCUAUGACCGGCCAACUCACUUUGAAAUCUGAUGUGUACAGUUUCGGUGUUGUCUUCCUUGAGUUGAUCACAGGGCGCAAGGCAAUAGACAACACACGGGCUCCGGGAGAGCACAAUCUCGUUGCAUGGGCCAGACCACUUUUCAAGGAUCGUAGGAAGUUCCCCAAGAUGGCUGACCCUUUAUUGCGAGGCCAUUAUCCAAUGAGGGGACUUUACCAAGCUCUAGCUGUCGCAGCCAUGUGUUUGCAGGAGCAAGCUGCCACACGGCCUCUAAUAGGAGAUGUUGUGACUGCUUUGACAUAUUUAGCAUCCCAAACAUAUGAUCCAAAUGUGGCUUCUGCCCAAAGUAACAGAGUUGGUCCAUCAACUCCUAGGCUCAGGGAUGACCGAAAGAGCAUGGGCAGUGGGACUGACAGCCAAGAUGAAGCUGGACGUGUUGCUCGUCAUUCUCAAUCGUCCCACCAGAAUUCUCCUGAUAGGAGACACAGAGACCCUCUUCGGGGAGUGAACUUAGGUGCAGAGACUGGAAGGGGUGAAUCCAGUGGUGGAUCUGGAAGGAAGUGGGGUUUAGAUGAAUUGGAAAAGCAGGAAGCUCAGAGGGAUAGCCCUGUUCAUGCAAGGGAAACACCAAGGAAUUUCAACCGAGAUUUUGAUAGAGAGCGUGAAGUUGCAGAAGCAAAAGUAUGGGGUGAGAAUUGGAGAGAGAGAAAGCGAGCGAAUGCCAUAGGUAGCUUUGAUGGCACAAAUGAGCAACCAUGAGGUAAUGUUCAAGCCUAAACCCUGAUUCAUCUUGCUUUGGGUCUGAAAACACAACAGGUUGCUUCCAAAAAACCAUUCUUUAGAAAAACAAAAAACAAAAAAAGAACAGGGAGAAGUGGUUGCGAGCCACUACAUUUUCUGUUUGGAUUUCGAUCUCUCCCAUGGAAUAAGGGUGCACUUGUCCAACUCGACAGUUGCGGCUUGUCCUCUAUCAUUUAUAGCUAAGUAUCGAAUCAGAUGCCCCUGGUUACAUCAAUCAUAUUGAAUUUGAGCAGAAUUUUUACCGUUUGGUGUGGGGAAAGGAGGAACUAGUGAAAGACCAUCUGGAAGCAGGAAGGUUAUUCUUGUGGGACUUGUGCAGGUAAAUCCAGCAUAGAAUGUUAACUGUGCAGCUUGUUGGACUUUGCAUGUAUGGAUUUCUCAUAGCUUAGGGUACAAAAGGAAGCUUGGAAGAUAUGUAUUAAAUUUGCACAAAUAUUCUGUAAAGGGGGAGAGGGUUAUGGGUUUUGUAUGGGUGUCUCAUUUUUCAGCCCUUAUAUUUUUGGACCAUCUUGUUGUAUGGAUUUUUGAGUCAUAUUAUAGGUUUAUACAAAAGGUUUGAUUACCAUA